AUGCUUCCAAGCACAUUCAAAUGCCCAAUUACAGGAAGAACGCACACAAUUGUCUACAAAAACCAAAAUAAGGAUAAGCUAAUUAAAUAUUGCAAUGAUUUGGCUGAUUACAUAAAAAAUCAUCCCAAACAAUACAAAUAUUUGGCUGUCGACACAGAAGGAAAGAUCAAUGUUGCAGACUUAAACGAUGUCUUUGUUAUUCAGUUCGCAGAAUGCUUUGUAAAUCACAAUGAUUUAAUUAAUUACUAUAUUGACGAUUCAGCAGAAGAAUCAAUAGAACUUCAAGACGGAUUUAUCAUUUUCGACCCAGAUGAUGAUGUUAAGAGAGCACUAAGAUUAAUAUUCUCAAAUUACUUUAUUUACACGAUAUUUUUCGAUAUCACUCGAGAUGUUCUCGGUCUCUAUAAACUUGGAAUACCUAUCAACGGAAAACCAGACAAAACUGGCAAAGUUACAUUACAUACCGUCAUAGAUACUCAAUUCAGGCCAAAUAUUCCAUAUUUCCAGUCUAAAUUUGGUCUUAAAGAUGUGGUUAAGAGCAUUAGCUUCCCAUGCAAAGAAUUAGAAGCAGCAAAAGACCAAUUAGAAAUCAAAGAGUCGGUGAACUUCUCCCAAUUAAUUUAUGAGAACUUAGGCAAGCCAAAUUCCGAAAUCAUUGCCACUUACGCUGGUUUUCUUCAAUACAUUUCGAAUGAUAUUGCAUUUACAGCUUUAUCUCUUCUUCCGUACAUCAAAACGUGCACAUCCAUUAAGACUAUGCAUUCUCUCCAAGCCAAGCAACUCACUCAGCUUUGGAAAGAAGAAAACACGAUUGGAGUUGAUUUCGGAUCAAUUCUUUUAGAAAAAGCCGUGAGAUAUUCCAAAGAUACGCUACAGAAUCCAACCAAGGAUUUGUACAAUACGUGCAUCUGCGCAAUGAAACUAAUCAAAUAUUAUGACGCAAUCAAAGAAUUUAAGAAAAGUUUUCCGUUUACUAAACAAGAAUUAAUUCAGUUUCAAGAAAUAGCCACAGAAUGGAUAAAUGGAGACAAAUCCAGAAAAUUCCCUGCAGCUUUCAAUUUGAAAGCAGAUAUCUCUGAAUUCCGCAUCACAGGUAAGUUGAAUGACGAGUUCUUCAGAAUCUGGAUCGAAAUCAAAGAUAAAGUUCCUCAUAACUCUGGAAAUACUUUAAUUCACAUCUGCAAUAAGAUACAUCCUCAACUGUAUGAUUUCUUAAAAGCAUGCGAUGUAUUGACUGACGAAGAAAUGGCUGAAGCUUGUAACAAUAUUUAUCAAGCUAUUAUAGAUGGAAAAGUUGAUGAAUAUCUUCAAAAUUAA